GUCUGGUGAACAUACACAAGGAGCUUUUGAAGCCCAUAAUAAAGCCCAUUAGUGAAUACACAAAGCCCUAGCUUCCAAGGAAAUAUGAAAGUCCUCGGGUGGUUCCGGAAAAGGAAAGGAGAAAAAGGAGAAAUGAAAUUCACAGAGUCUCCAGUGAUCGAUCUCACCGUGAACGGAACAAACCUCUCAAUCCAACAAGACAACGCCACGAUGCACGUCGGAACCUCCGUCUGGCCAUGCUCCCUCGUCCUCUCCAAAUUCGCCGAGCGCUGGUCCACCCUCUCCUCCUCCUCCUCAUCUCCAAAUCCAUACUCCUCACUCCUCGAUUUCCGCAACCGCCGCGCCGUCGAGCUAGGCACGGGAUGCGGAGUCGCCGGCAUGGCGUUCCACCUCCUCGGCCUAACGGAGAUCAUCCUCACCGACAUGGCUCAGGUCAUGCCUGCGCUGAAGCACAACCUGAAACGCAACAAGGCGGCGCUGGGGAAGUACCUGAAGACGUCGAUCGUCUCGUGGAGCAACCGGGACCAGAUCGCGGCGCUGAAUCCGCCUUUCGAUCUGGUGAUCGCGGCGGACGUGGUGUAUAUCGAGGAGUCGGUGGGGGAUCUGGUGGCGGCGAUGGGGGCGUUGGUGAAGGAUGAUGGUGUUGUGCUGUUGGGGUAUCAGGUUAGGUCGGUUGAAGCGGAUAAGUUGUUUUGGGAGAUGUGCGGCGUCGUUUUUGAGGUUGAGAAGGUUCCUCACGGGGAUCUUCAUCCUGAGUAUGCGUAUGAGGAAGCUGAUGUGUAUGUGUUUAGGAAGAAGGUGAAGAAGGUUAUUGAGAGUGGUGGAUCAGAGUGAAAGGCGUUUUUAUUUAUGUGAAAUCUUUACGAAUUUGGAUGUAACUUUGUUUUAGAAAAAUUUCUUGCCAUCGAUUUUUGAUUUAGCUCAAUAUGGACCCAAAUUGGUGAACAAACUUUAUCUUAUAAACAAUAUCAAUGAGCG